UCCAGAGGGUCUCAACAAGCCUACGAGCAUCCGUUACUUGGCACCUUAUAUGUACAUUCGUGUUGACACUGGUGUCACAGCUUGGUUGCCAUACUCUUAUCAGGCCUCGAAAAUGUACGUCAACCUCGGCAUCCCUGGUACUGAAGGUUUCACUGUCACACCUGAUAAUUAUCUCUACUACAGGCAUGGUGAGGAUGCUGUUUAUAGGAAGCCUUUGAACGAUCCAAUUUCUGAUGGUGAAUUGUAUGCUGGUGGAUGUGGUUGUGGUUGA